CUUGUCAAUAUCGCGAAAAAUAAAGUAACUGUUUUUAAUGGCACCACCGUAGAUAUUCAAUUCGCCUUGAUUAUUUUGCUACAAGUCGAGAAGCAGCUGGUUUGUUGUUGUACAGCUUUACAAAUAAUUAAAUUCGCCUUGUUUGGAAGAUUUUAGCUUUGUUUAUAUCGGAUUUUCAACAAAUUAAAUAUCGUAAUAACGAUGUCGAGCCAUAUUAGAGGCACUUGUGAGCUUUUUUGUCCAGAAGGGGAAGCAAAACUUCGAAUUAAAGAGAGACUUUUACAUUUUUAUGAACUAAAAAACGGCGAAAAGAACGUGCCAGGCAAGUUGGUGAAAGCCUUUGCGCGUUCAGCUGCUGGCGUAAAAGGGCCCAGAGCAAAGGAUUUGCGCACGGAACGCUGCUUACAAAAAACUGUCGAGUACUUAUUAAAAGAUAUAAUCUUAGAUAAACGAAAGCCGUAUAAUUUUAUAUAUGAUUUCGUAUUCGAUCGGUUACGUUCAGUCCGACAGGAGGUGGUGAUGCAGAAUUACAAUGCACGACAGACUUUGAAGUUGCUUGAGCCAAUGGUGAUGUUUUUAGCUUACAGCCGUUAUAGGCUUUGUGAGGAGCAUAUAGAUAAUUUCGAUCCAAAAAUUUGCGAUCAACACCUGCAAGAAUGCCUGAAACGCGCGUUAUGUUGCUAUGAUGAUUCUAAUGUAAACAGUCUCAAUUUGAACGAGUUAAAUAGACGCAAUUUCGUUGAAGCGAUGUAUCUUCUAUUCAAUUUAGAGACGACCGAGGCGCUAAAUCGCGCAAUGAGUCUGCCUGAUGAAGUAAGAAAAAGCGAACGGUUUGAUUUAGCAUAUCAAAUAGCUAUAAGUUAUUAUCAGGGAAAUUUCUACAGAGUACUUGCGGGGAUCCAGAAACUCCCACAUAUUUUAAGUGCAAUAACUGCUUUGAAGUUGCAAAUAUUAAGACGCAAAGUUUAUUUGGUAUUUGCUCACGCUUAUAAUUGUAAGCUAUUGGUUGUUCCGUCCAGCUUUUUAAGCAAACUGGUAUUAUAUGAACGCGCAGAUGAUUUGUUAGCUGACUGCGAAUACUAUAAUAUCAAAGUAAACGAAGACAAGUCGAGUUUUCAGUUCCUGAAAUCAGAUUUUAAAUUGAAUGCUGCUGUAUUAAGAGAAAAGCGUGAACGAUUUGUCGAGGAAAAAAUUGAGAAAAUCUAUCUGCCGGAGACUUUGCUUUUAAAACGUAUUUAAUAUGUAGAUAAUUAUUAUAGAAUAAAUCUUAAAAGCGUUUGUACUAUGAAAUGCAAUAUUAUGGAAAUUGAUAUAAAAUAAAAUUUGAAGUUUUUAUAAAGA